GAAAGAACCGCAACCGAAACAGAGCACCUAAACUGAAUCCCCUAACAUUUUUGAUCGAAAUCAGCACAAGGCAAGAAGAUCGGUCGAGUGAUUCAGAUUCGGACUCGUACGGAAAACCCCAGCCCCGAGAGGCAAACUAGUAGCGGGCGCAACCAAAAAGCAUCGCUGCACGCGCAAUGCAUGAGGUCCGGGCCGCAUCUAGUUGCUUUCAUUUGACGCCUCUCGUGAGUCGGCCACGAGCCUCAACAAAUUUCCUGAAAUAGACACCCACGCCACACAGGUCAAAAUACACGAUAUCAGCAGGCAUUUUCUCCCCAUGCUUUACCCUCCACCCCACCUGGCUAAGCAGGUACUAAUUUCCAGCUGGAAAUUCUUUCCGGCUGCUAGUUUUUGCUAGUUUCUCGCCUAUUUAUAGUUUUUUUGUUGUGUUGCGAUUUUUCGACCCCAGGUGUUCGCUUUUGAGUCUGUUUGGUUAAAAUGGCUGAAGUCACGGUACCAGUGAGCAACCCUCCGGUCCCGCUCCGGGCCCGAUCACCCGCGACCGCAGCACCGGGAAAGCGGCAGCGCUCGGAAGAUGGCGAGGACACUGAAGCGAAGCGGCCUCGGCCCGGCUUGGAGGAGAGAUUGCUGCCGGGCGGCUCCGGCUUUUUACUGUUGCCGGUGGGAUUCACUGUGCGGAGUACCUUGGAAGGCCUCGAGGGCCCCCAGGAGUAUGCCCAUUUUGCUUUUUUUGCUUAUAUUGCCGGAGAGCCGCAGUGAUAUAAAUCAAUGACAUGGGCCCGGCCCGGCCCCCGGCCAUGCCCAGUUUGCUUUUUUUGCUUUCCGUGCCCGAGAGCCGCAGUGAUAUGAACCAACCCCAAAAACAACCCAAAAAACUUCCCAGGUUUAUCCUUCGAGACGCCGGCGCGGACUCCUUGCGGGCCAAGUGCUGCAGUGUUGUCUACCUUUCUACGCCCGCCACGAAACUUCUCGGCCGGGGGGCCUUCGGUUGCGUCUAUUUAGCUACGUCGAAGACGACGGGGAAGCUGUGCGCCCUGAAGGUUGCCCGCUCUGGACGCCCCCGGGACAAAGCAAAGCAAGAACAGGAGGCCGCGCUGCUGAACACCCUCCGGGCCAAGGCGCUAGCGGACCCACUGGCAUCUGGGCGCGACCCCGCGGCGCCCUCGAGUACCUGCGUAGCGCUGCCGCAGGCGCCCUGUGCGUUCUUUGCGGGACACCUCUGCACGCCGUACGAGAUCGGGGUCCUCGACCUGCGCCAGGCACUUGAUUGCUACCGCCGCGAGGUCUGCGGGAAGGUGCCCGCCCCGCGGUCCCUAGAUGAACGAAUUGGGGUUGCGAAAAAGUGGGGUGGCAGCCUCUUUGCUUCGCGGCGACCCUCGAACCCGCAUACUGCGCAUUGGCAGUCGCACGGCCUGAGUUGGGAUGUCGCGCAAGUGCUUGCGAGGCAUAUUUUUAGGGGAUUGGCCUGGGUCCAUUCGCAUGGGUUUGCGCACAUGGACCUAAAGCCCGAGAACAUGUUGCUCUACACCGAUGAAACCCGGCCCACGCCGGAUUCCGCCCGGUCGCUACUGUCGAGCCCCGCGCAGGGCCUCUCCCUCAAGCUUUCCGACCUUGGGGAAAUGUCGCCCACCUCGGAAGUGCACCCGCAAAAAGGCGCCGCCGAUCCGCCCGCCCGCCGGACGCAGCGCAUGACCUGGACUCACCGCGCUCCGGAAUUCUUUUUGGGCUGCCCGGAGCCUUCAGAGAGCGCGGACAUCUGGUCCGCAGGGCAGCUGGUCUACGAGCUUAUCGCCGGCGUGGAGAUGUUUCGCGACGACUUUGUUUUUGAGGGGAUGCGACCCGCGCCGGCGCCUUUGGGGCAGGCACUACGGGAAAUCGAUUGCUGUGUGGAUCCAUCGCCGCCUGUUGCCGCCAUGCACCUGGCGCGAAUGCAAGCAGAGCUGGGGCCCCUCCCGGUGGAAAUGGUGCGCGACGCCCGCCGAGACUUCCCCAAGCACGCAGGCACGUACUACGGCGCUGGCGGCCCUGCGGUGUUCCGCGUCCCAGGCGGAGAGCGGGGCCCUGUUGGUGGUCGGCUCUAUGGUUCGGGCGCGGCGUUUCCCUUUAGCAAGCUCCAGCAGAUUGCAGGAGUGCGUCAGGCCUUUCGGAUGUUCUCCAACCUUGUCAUCCCGGCGGCGAGGCCAGGGACGCUCGCGGCUGUGUCGAAAACGCCCGGGGCGCUCUCGUUUUCCGGGGCCAGCGCAGCAACCGCGUGCACCCUCAGCGACGGCUGGGACAGUGCAACGAGGUCACCCGGCUUCGAUGUUUCCGUAGGCAGUGACUUCCUGCAGCAUGCAUGGUCAGAAGAAGUCGCACGGCGUGCAGACGCGGCAGAGACGCUAGUGAGAAGCUGCCUGGAGCUCAUUCCAGGCCAGAGGCCCACUGCGCUAGCUGUGCUGCAAGAGAGCCAUUUUUUUGAACUUUCCGGGAACAUUGGUAGCAGUCGCAGCGGCAAUAGCAAAAGCCAGCCCGCACAAACUCCGCGAGCCACCUCCACUGCGGGCCCCUAG